UACCACCACCAGCUGUAUAUGCAAUCAUUUGAUUGUCUUUCCUAUCUGGGCAGUCGAGGUAUUCUUCCAUACAAAGCUUUGCAGUCAAUGACACUCUCUCCAAGACCUUGAAGACAAUGCCAAGGAUAACCGUCAAUGCUUUCUGGAUGAUUACAUUUACGUCAGUCAGGCCCACCUGCCACCAGUCCUGUGGCUUCCCACCUGGAGAUGAUGCGUCGGCUGGACUGCUGGCCAAUCGUAAGUGUGAUUAAAACGAGCGGGGUAAGCUAGGAUGAUUAUAAAGUCAUCGGCAGAGCGGAGGGUGAGGUGCACUGGCUUGAGGAUGGGACAGGCUGCCACUCUGCACGGAAGGCCAGGGGGGACCUAUGUGAUGGAGCUUCAUGAGUGGUUCAGAAAGUUCAUGAGUGAGUGUCCCAGUGGUCUCAUAACCCUGCACGAGUUCAGACGUCACUUCUGCAAAGGGACAGUGGGCCACGAGUCGGCUGAGUAUGCAGAGCAGAUCUUCCGCACCUUGGACAACAACGGGGACGGAGUGGUGGACUUCAAGGAGUAUGUGACGGCCAUCAGCAUGUUGACCCAGGGCUCUGCAGUGGAGAAGCUACGCUGGUCCUUUAAGCUGUAUGACAAGGACAAGGAUGGGGCUAUCACCCGGGGGGAGAUGCUGGACAUCAUGCAGGCAGUGUACAAGAUGAGCUUGGCAGCAGCUAUUACCAAACCUAACCCUCUCACUGCUGAGGAGUGCACCAACAGGAUGUUCAUCCGACUGGACAAAGACAAAAAUGCCGUCAUCAGCCAGGAGGAGUUCAUCGAGGGGGCUCUGGAGGACGAGUGGAUCAGGGAGAUGCUGGAGUGUGACCUCCACACCGUCAAGGUGGAGCGGGCCCUGAAGGCCCCACCUGGACCCUAGCCCUGGGACUGGUGGGGUGGAGCCUGCCCUUGGAAUGCUUUUACCUCAGAGGGAAGGAUAGAUUGGGUUUGAGAGGGAAGGAUGCAGGGAUGGAAGAAGAAAAGAUGACUGUAGGAAUGAGACUGAUUACGUUUCAUAUCUGAAGCUGAGAGAUAAUAUUGAUCAGAUGGUUUACUUACAUCUUACAUUUACCAUGAUAUAUUUACUUCGAUCAUUCGAUGUGCCUACGUUGUGGAUAACUUUACUGAUCACUAUAGAUGUGUCAUUAAAACAUGUGGCUAAUUA